AUGGCCCUGGCACUGCCGCUGCUCCUCGCCCUGCUCGGGACCACCCCAGGUGCCCCUGGCCGGGUGCUGACAGUGUUCACAGGUCUGGGGGCGCCGGGGGGGGGCUGUGGGGUGCCCCCCUCUGCCUGGUGCCAGGACUGGGUGACGGCGCUGCGCUGCGGGGCCCUGGGGCGCUGCCCCCACCUCACCCAGCGACCCUCCGGAGUGGACGCCUGUGCCGUGUGCCAGUACUUCAUGGACUGCCUACGCAAAAUCUCCAACGAAACGGCCUUGGAGGAGCCCCGCCAGGUCUGUGUCAACCUGCAGCUGUGUCCUGCAGAGCCCGGCGCCGCGCUGGCCCUGCCCGUCCUGGAGCUGCCCGGCGGCCACCGGCAGGGCCCGGGGCUGUCCCCGCAGGCGCUGCCGCUGCCGCUGCCGCUGUGCUGGCUGUGCCGCUCGCUGGUGGCGCGGGCCGAGGCCGCGGUGCCGGUGGGCUCGGUGGCGGCGGCGGUGGCCGGGCUGUGCCGGGCGCUGCCGCUGCCGGUGGCCGGGGCGUGCCAGUGCCUGGCCGAGCGCUACGCGGCGCUGGCGCUCGAGGGGCUGCUGGGCCGCCUGGGGCCGCGCCUGCUCUGCCGCCUCUUCCUGGCCUGCCGCAGCGGCGACAGCGGCGACAGCGGCGACAGCCAGCUCGCGGGGACGCUGCCACCGCCCUGGCUGCUGGAGACCAUCGUGGUGCGCCUGGCAGACUGCGUCAGGGAGGAGGACCCCAAAGGUGCCGCUGUCCCUGCGCUGUCCCUGUCCCUGGGCCCCUGUGCCCUGGGCCCCAUCUUCUGGUGCUCGGGCCCGGAGGCGGCGCGGCGCUGCCAGGUGAGUGGGGACACAGGGGACACGGGGGACACGGGGGGCUGGCACCCCCUGCGCCCCCCGCUGACCCCUGGGCCCCCUGCAGGCCCUGCAGCACUGCCGGGAGCACGUCUGGCUGUAGGGGGGCACCAGGACCCCCCAGCUUUCCCCAAUAAAGCUUGGAUGCAGCUCUGCCUCAGCCUUUGGGGGUGUCGGGGCUCACGGGGGGCUGGGAGGGAAGCAGCAGAAACCACAAACCCCCAAAACCCACAGAAGAAAAGAGGUGAAAAUGAGUUACAAAAAUAG